AUGGCUAAAGGUAAAACUAGAGGUGCUAGUUCUCUUGGAAAUCCGCAACCUAAAGGGAAAGCAAAAAGUGCGAGUUCGUCCGAGGUAAAUGGACAACAGCUAAGUGUUGAGAUUAAAGAUUCUUCCGAGGUGGCUUUUAUCAUUGCCUUCUGCGAGAAAUUUAAAUCAGUCUUGAGAAGCCUUUCGUUUUGGACUGAGGAUUUUGAAGAAGCUUUGCAAACUCAUGAAGAAUCGGAACUAUUGGAAAGAAUGAUUUGUGUGUUUCUAACAAAUUUCUUGAAUCGUAAGAAACUAAUCGAAACAAACAACUAUCAGGCCCUUCUUUCGACAGCUAUCGAUCAACAUAUUGAACAAGACAAUCAAAGUUUCUAUCUCGAUCACAACCCUCUAAAAGAUCAUGACGGAAAAAUAAAUUUCUUCGCAUUGGAUACAAAAGACAAGAUUUCGAUCUUGCAUUGUCUUGUUCAUUGGCAAUUACAAGAAUCAGAGGUCAUUCGAAAAUUAAUCGGUGAUUCAUACAAGCGUUAUAAAAAGACUCACGAAAACCUUUUAGAAUAUGAAAUAAUCGGCGAGGAUAGUAAAAAUGCAAAAUAUUAUCACAUCAAUACGAGGAUCUAUCGUGAAAAAUUACCCAGAACCGGUACCAAUUUCACAAGCAAAAACGUAAAGUGGGAAGCCGUGACGACUAAUUUAGAGGAAGUGCAAGCAUUGGUGAAUAGUCUUAAUCCUAAACGUGCUAAAGAAAAGGGGUUGCACGUUGCUAUUCUUGAAAAAGUAAUGCCAGAAGUCGAGAAUCGAUAUAAGGUUAAGGAAAAACAAGAAAAUCUGCAGAAACGCAAAGCGGCAAAAGCAGAAUGGAUUGAAGUAAUGCGAACUGAUGCUAUUUCUACACGAACGCGUGCAGCAAGUCGUAAAGCAGAAGGCAUUGACACUCCUGUAAUUAGUUAUCGUGAAGAUGAUUAUGAUUACGGUAGGUACGAAGGAUUUGCACCAUAUCCGAAUGCCGGUCGCAAGAAAACUUCCCGAAGUCUUCGGCAAGCCGGAGACAGUCGAUCUUCAUCUGAUAUUGGCACACCGAAUAAUACUUCCACACAAACUUCCUUACCAACAAAUGGACGUAUGACACGAUCAAGAUUUCGACUCUUAAGUACUAAUAACUUGGAAUCUUCGAACAUAAGUUUAACGGAUAGCAACACUUCCUUCACUACUAUUGAUCAUAUAAUAAAUAAUGGUAAUGGUGAAGUUAUGAUCGCCUCUGGUUCAACCACCCCCAUAAUAAAUUAUCAUGGUGCUGAAACAGGUGACAUCGACAUAUCCGAUAUCGAAAUGACAGAGAAAACCGAAUAUACUUUUGCAAACUCUGGCGAAUUAUUAGAACUAACCACCGGGACUUCUUCCGAUUCGAACACUGAAGCGAUCACAAACACACCACAAGACUAUGAAAUGGCACUAAACGAGGAGGAACAAAGCAUUGACACUCUCGAAAAAGAAACAUCAUUCGCUUCAACUUGCGGCGGAUCUGUCAUGUCUAUCUCUUCGAUCACAACUCCAACCAACGUCUUCCGUCCUGAUGUGCAAGAAAUGUCUGUUGACAUUUAA